AUGAUGAGCAAAUACUCGCAAUUCUGGCCUAAGGGUGGUAUGCAGGGUGUUCUGCACCACUUCACCGAGACGUUGACCACAUUCGAAUACACCGCCAGCGCCGCUCGCAAACCGCAUAGCAUCCUCUUCGUCGGAGGUCUCGGAGACGGUCUGGGAACGACAUCCUAUACAGCCGACUUGGUGCACGCACUAUCACAAACAGAGUGGUCUCUCUUCUCGCUCACCCUCACAUCUUCAUACCAGUCAUGGGGACUUGGCCACCUCGACAGAGACACAGACGAGCUCGCUCAAGCAAUAAGAUAUAUCAAGGACUACAAGACGUCAAAAUUUGGUGACGAUGGCAAGAUUGUAUUGAUGGGUCACUCUACGGGCAGUCAGAUGGUCUUGCACUAUCUGUCGCAAUCAAACCCACACACUACCAACCCUUCGUUUGACUCAGAACACAAGCAUAUCAAGAGAUUGGCACUUGACGGAGCCAUCAUGCAAGCUCCCAUCAGUGACAGAGAAUGCAUCAAGUUGGUCUGUCAACAUGGCUUCCGCGGCAAUACCCCCGAGCAAUGCCAGGCAUACUACGAGCAGCUGGAGAAGAUGGCAAAGGAUUUUGCCAGCAAGGAUGACCAGACUUUCGAUGCGCUACUGCCCAUUCACCUGACAUACCAAAUCGGCUACCCUGCCAAUACACCACUAUCAGCACGUCGCUUCCUCAGCCUUGUCAGCCCCGAAAGCCCUCACAACCCCUCAGAAGAUGAUGUCUUCAGUUCAGAUCUAAGCGACGAGCAAUUGGCCAAGUCGUUCGGUAUGAUUCAAAAGCAAGGAUUGUUGAAGAACAAGAUGGCCGCCUUCUACUCGGGUGCAGACCAAGCAGUACCUGAAUGGGUCGACAAAGCUGGUCUGAUGAAGAGAUGGGGCAAAGCAGCUAAUGCUGGCGGAGACAAGGAGAUCUGGGAUGACGAGCACACUGCUGUCGUACCCAACGCUUCUCAUGCUCUGAGUAACGAUGAUCAAGGUCCAGCAAGAAAGUUUUUGUGCGAGAAGAUCUUGGGUUACCUGAGCAAGUCCACAGGCGCAUAG